UGUACGCUAGUUGCCGGAGUCCAGGUUCGUAAUUAAAUCAUGUCCAUAUUCCAACGCGAUCCGCGUUCUACGCUGUUCCUUGGAGGGGAAAGGAUAUCGGGUCAGGAUAUACGCGAUCAAAAUGUCAUCGCGGCACAGUCGAUUGCAAAUGUGGUGAAAAGCUCGUUGGGACCUUUAGGUCUCGAUAAGAUGCUUGUCGACAAUAUUGGAGAUGUAACGAUCUCAAAUGACGGUGCGACCAUACUGGGCUUAUUGGAGGUCGAACACCCCGCUGGACGCAUCUUCGUCGACUUGGCUCAGAAGCAAGACAAGGAAGUAGGAGAUGGGACGACAUCCGUUGUGAUCGUCGCCGCUGAGCUGCUGAGAAGGGCAAAUGAAUUAGUAAAGUCGAAGAUACAUCCUACGACGAUCAUUACGGGGUAUAGGUUGGCUUGCAGGGAGGCGUGCAAGUUUAUGGUGGAUCAGUUGAGCGUUAAGGUUGAUGCUCUUGGGAGGGAGGCCAUUAUCAAUGUGGCGAAGACGUCGAUGUCGAGUAAGAUCAUUGGGAGUGACGACGACUUAUUCGCCCCUAUGGCUGUUGACGCCAUGAUGGCCGUUAAGACGAUCAACCCCCGUGGGGAUAUCAAGUAUCCUGUCAAAGCCGUCAACGUUCUCAAAGCACACGGGAAAAGUGCACGUGAAUCCACGUUUAUAAAUGGGUACGCUCUAAAUUGUACGGUGGCUAGUCAAGCGAUGAAAACGCGGAUAACGAGUGCUAAGAUUGCAUGCUUGGACAUCAACCUCCAGAAGCAGCGAAUGAAUCUGGGGGUCAACAUUGUCGUGACAGAUCCAAACCAACUCGAGGCCAUACGUAGAAGGGAAUCGGAGAUCGUCUUGGAACGCGUUCGUAAAAUUCUGGGGGCAGGAGCGAACGUCGUCCUGACCACGAAGGGCAUUGAUGACCUUUGCCUGAAAGAAUUCGUCGAAGCAGGUGCGAUGGCUGUCCGUCGAUGUAAAAAAGACGAUCUGCGUCGAAUUGCGAAAGCGACGGGAGCGACUCUGGUCUCGAGUUUAGCUAACCUCGAAGGAGAGGAGACGUUUGAGGCCUCGUCACUUGGACACGCGGAUGAAGUAGCUCAAAUCCGGGUGUCGGAUGACGAGUUGAUUGUGAUCAAGGGGACGAAAGUUGUGAAUUCUUCGUCCAUUAUUUUGAGGGGGGCGAAUGAUUAUAUGUUGGAUGAGAUGGAGAGGGCGUUGCAUGAUUCAUUGUCGAUCAUCAAGAGGACGUUGGAGAGUGGGACGGUCGUUCCGGGUGGUGGGGCUGUUGAGUCUGCGUUGAGUAUUUAUUUGGAGAAUUUUGCGACGACGCUGGGUUCAAGGGAACAACUAGCCAUUGCCGAAUUCGCUAAUUCUCUCCUCGUUAUCCCCAAGAUCCUCGCGGUAAAUGCAGCAAAGGACUCAAUCGAGCUUGUUGCCAAACUUCGUUCAUAUCAUAAUGCCGCCCAGAACGCCUCGGCGGGUGAUCCCAAGAAGGUCUUGCUCCGGUAUGGAUUAGAUUUGUUGAAUGGGGAGGUAAGGGACAAUGUGAAGGCGGGUGUGUUAGAGCCUACGAUGAGUAAGGUGAAGAGUUUGAAGUCGGCGUUUGAGGCUGCUGUUUCUCUUCUGAGGAUUGACGAUGCUAUUCAGUGUGCGCCUGAGCAAAAAGGGGGUCCUGACCCUCAUGCACACUGAUAAUGUGGCGUCUCGGGUAGGAUGGGAAGCAGCCGCUGACCCGGUGCGGUUGUGGUGGACGUUGUGAUAUUUUCCCCUUUGUUCUUAUUUGUAGUGCCGAAUGGAGAAUAGGCCUUUCGCCGUGAUCAUCAGACUGUCGCUAGCCCCCUGUGGUCAUGCACGGGGAAGUGAUGUUUUCUUUUCAGAACACUAUCAGAUAUAUUACAAGUCCACCAGCCCUGCGAUCUCCUCUCUUUUUCAUUUGUCCCUGGUAAUAAUUCCGAGAGUGUUUCAUUAGUUUAAUGACCGUUGGAAGCCAGAGGGAUUUGUGGCGCCACCGUCGAG